AUGCACUACCUCAACUUUCUCUACCCAGCGCUACUGGCCACCUCCAGCCUGGUCAGUGGCGCCGAAGCUCUUCGUUCUGCACCCAAAGUCAAGCUCUCAAGCGUGCAGAGCCUCACACUGCGCAAAGGCCUGCAAACCUCGCACCGGCGCGUCUCCGCCAUUCCACAGCUAAAAUGCAUCGGCGGUUCCGGAAAAGGCCUAUACGACAUCGACGUCAUGCGUUGCAAGAACUCCGGCUCUGAUUAUGACGACGAAAACAUCCAAUGGACAUGCACGGCCGCGCUGCCCCCCGAAUUUAAGCUCGGCUCCACAGACGUAAUCUGUGAGGGGUACGAUUACCCCGAGGACCCGUACAUCCUGAAGGGCAGCUGCGGUGUAGAAUACCGUCUGAUUUUGACAGAACAAGGCGAGGAGAAGUACGGAAAGAAGAAGAAAUGGUGGGGUGAUGAUGAGGGACAAGGAUAUCCCAAGACAAUGGGCGAAAAGGUUGCGAGCGCGUUGUUUUGGCUAGUCUUCAUUGGUGUUGCCGUAUUUAUUAUAUCUUCAGCUAUCCAAGGCUGGGCGGACAAUCGGGGUGCUGCUGGAGCGGCCGGCAACCGUCCUAGCUGGGGAGGAGGCGGAGGCGGCGGUGGUGGUGGUGGAGGAGGCGGAGGAUGGUGGGGCGGUGAUAACGAUCCGCCUCCGCCGUAUGAUUGGCGUCCUGAUUCGAACUACAACAAGCGAUCUUACGGGACAAAUGAAGGAUGGAGGCCCGGCUUCUGGUCUGGCGCUCUUGGUGGAGCCGCGGCGGGCUGGGCUGCCGGAAGAGCAGGCAAUCGGGGCAAUAAUCAACAGCACACUGGCUCUGGAUGGGGUGGCGGCCGGUCCGGUGGAUGGAAUCCCGGUGAGGGCAGCUCCCGGUCUUCAUCGGGAUCGUCUGGCUCUGGGAACUAUUCAUCGUCCAGGUAUGAAAGCACCGGCUUUGGAUCGACGUCUCGCAGAUAG